GUGAUGUUUUCGUUUUUGCCGCGGUUGAUGCCAGCUGUAACCUAGCAGCCAAAACAAUCACAUCAGUCCUCGACCUGAUGUUACCGUUGAGCAAACACUUUCUUUUAGCGCUAACCUAAGAAUAGGACGUUACAGUGUUUGAUGUGGUUACACAUAGUAAGGCUGUUUGUCCCUUCUGGAUGUGUGCUGUCGUUCAUUUUCUUUAAUUUUAUAGAUAUUUUUAACGUUAACCUGGCUGCCGGUACAGGCUAAGCUUUUGAACACAGUUGUUGAGGUUAGCUAGCAUAUCGGCAACAAUGCAUAACGUAAAGUAAACGAGCUAGCCCUCUAACUUCUGACUUGGCAACCUGUGCAGUUCCUGUUAGCAUCCUUAAACAGGCUAUUUAUUGUCAAGAUGCCCACUGCCCUGGAGUGGAAUAUGGUUUUGAGGGCUGACCCAGAAACGCUUCCUGAAAGUGAAGAAGAGAAACAAACCGAAGCCCUCUUCAGUUUACUCCUCCUGGUGGAACAAGGGGAGCUGAAAGAUAAAUCCAUGGAGGAAUUGACCCACCUCUUCAGAGUGUGUCAGGCCCUGAUGAAGAGGAAAUCUCAGGAACUUUUUGUUGCCUAUGACAUCAUCGAAAAUGCUGGGUCAGAGCAAGCAAAAAGUGAGAAUGAACUCCGUGCCAUGGUGUUGAGGCUGGAACAAGAGCUGGAGAUGGCCCAGCGCUCGGGUACAGGGCGAGAUACCCGUUUCAUGAAAGAUGAACUUCAGCAUCUUGAGACUCAGUUGGAGCAAAGGGAAAGGGAAUAUUCUCACCUAAAAAAAGAACUGAACAAAGAAAAGAAGACCAAUGAGGAGUUGGUUGUGCGAGCAGAGGAGGCCGAGACAGAGGUCAGGAAGCUGAAACGAGAGACAAAGCUGCUUAAGAAGAAGAAUGAUCAGCUCCAACAGGAUGUGGACUUCUACCGCAGAGAACUGGAGAAGAAGGAAUCGGCGCUGUCCAAAGACGAGAGCGAUGAGAAACAGAGGAAGCUCAACUCAGCUACUCGCCAGCUCAGUCAGUUCAUGGAGGACCUUCAGCGAGCCGAGGAUGAAAUCGCAGACCUGAAGACACAGAAUGAGCAGUUGCAUAGAAGUCUCGAGGAGUCGGUGAGAGAAAUGGAGAAGAUGACAGAUGAGUACAACAAGAUGAAGAUUGUAGUUCAGCAGACUGACUCCAUUAUGGACCAGCUCAGGAAAGAGAGGGAUCACGCAAAGCUGCAAGUCAGAGAGCUAACAGAUCAGAUCCAGAGCAGGGCUGAGGAGGAUGACCCAGUCAUGGCAGCAGUCAGUGCUAAGGUGGAGGAAUGGAAGAGAGUGCUGUCUGGGAAGGACGAUGAAAUUCUGGUGUACCAGCAGAUGAUUCGCGAGCUGAGAGAAAAGCUGCGCACAGCCCAAAUGGAUUCGGACAAAAGCAACAUUAUUGCCUUGCAGCAGGUCAUAUAUGAACUCUGUGCUGGCGUCCAAGACAGAGAUAAUCAAAUCAAGAUGCUGAGUGAGCAAGUGGAGCAGUAUACAGGAGAAAUGGAGAAGAAUGCCAUUCUUAUUGAAGAUCUUAAGAAGACUAUGAAGACAGACAGAGGCCUGCCAUUGACCAUCCAGCAGAGGAAGAUGGAGGAGCUGAAGUUGAAGCUGGAGGCUGCAGAGAGCAGAGCGCUGGAGGCUGAACGGGUGGCGGAUCUUGCUGAGGCCAAUGCCAAGGACAAGGACAAAGAGCUUAUUGAGACCUUAAACCGCGUGAGGCUGUACGAGUCCGGCACGGAUGGCCUGGAAGCAGCCAUUGCUGAGAUCAAGGAGUGUAAAAAUCAAAUAAGAGUGAGAGAUCGCGAGGCAGAGGCCAUGACCAAAGAGAUCAACCGGCUUGAGAUGAGGAUAAAUGAUGUCAUGGAUGAAAAUGAGGAUUUUCGAGAAAGACUAGGUCUGGAGCCAAAGGAGGAGGUGGAUCUGACAGACUUUAGGCGAAUUAACGAUCUCAGACAGCGCCAGUACAAAGCAGAAAACCAGGUCCUCACAAAAGAGAUUGAACGGCUAGAAGAGGAGAGACUGGAGCUGAAGAAACAAAUCAGAUAUAUGGUGAAGGAUAAAGGGCUCACAGGGUCAAACUUGCGGCUGGAGGAAGAUGGUAGGCACAGCAGAACAAUCCAAACAGCACUUAAACAGAGCACCAGUUAUGCAGAUGAGGAUCUCAGGCGCAAGAAUGAAUAUCUGGAGAAAGAACUGAACAAGAAGGAGAGAGAACUAGAGCUUCACAAAUCCCAGUCUUCACAGUUUCAGGUCAAAUUGGAAGAAUUGUCAAAAGUGAAAAGUGAUCUGGAGGGUGCAUUGACAGAUGUCCUCCGAGCCAUGAGGACUAAUCGAGAGGUCGAUCCAUCACAAGCUUGUUUCAAUAUCCCCAGUUUGGAGAGGUUGGCCAAGGCUAUUGAGCUGAAGAGUUUGACCGGGAAGUCCGAUGCCACGUUGCACCUUAAAUCCCAAAUAGAUCAGCUGGUGGGGAGAAAUGAUGAACUCAGGCAGGAACUAAGGUCGACCCGGGAAGAAGCAGCCAGCACGCUGAGCCAGCUUGCAAGAGCUAAAGAAAAGGUGAGCCAGCUGGAAGGCGAAAUGGAACUGUUGAAGAAGUCGGGCAGCAAUGGAGUUGUUUUCCGGCCUCUGACCCUCCCUGAGGCCUUAGCACCUUCCAGCACGGAGGUCAUCAGUUCCCUGAAUGAGUACGCUAUUCGACUGCUCCAGGAGAUCAGCAACAAGGAAGAGUCAUGCAAGGAGCUCACAGCAGCACUGGAGGAAUGCAAAGGGAAGCUUGCUGUCAUUUGCCAUCAGCAGGGUCUCCUUUAUAAAGAAUACCUAAGUGAGAAAGAAGAAUGGCAGAAGGAGAGAGAAACAUUUAUGGAGAUCAAGAACAAACUGGAGCAGCAGAGAGAGGUGGAUACUGUCAAAAUCCAAGAGUUCAACGACCUGCUGGACAACCUACAGAAGGACCCAGCAGAGAUCAGGAGACAGAUGGGCGAAGCAGUCCGCAAGCUUACGGUGCUGCGGGUGAACGAGAAGACCCUGGUCCGACGCUACACCAUCAUACUGGAGCAGGAGCAGCACCUCCGUAAGGAGAACAACAAGCUGAAGGACGACAGCACCCAAAUGCAGGCCUCUGUGUCUGAGAGGAUAGGCUACCUGCAGAGAUACAAGGAAAUGGCUGCAUAUAAGAUUGCAGCACUACAGAAGGCUUUGGACGACAGUGUCCCCUCAUCAAACCUGGAGAGGGCCAACAAACAAUACACAGAGCUAACAGUCAAAUACCGAGACAUGCUGCAGAGGGACCACCACCUAAUACAAAGAACCACCAACCUUGAACAUCUAGAGAAUGAGAAUGGAUUUCUCCGUGAGCAAAUCACAGCCCUGAACAAAGAGCUGGAGAUCACCAAGGAGAAAGUGAAUACUUUGGAGCAAGCAAGGGAACACAUGAGCACAGCAGGUGGCGAGAGCAGCAAGCACAAGAAGCACAAGGCAGUGGCCAACAGUGAGAUACUGUCUGCCUCCAGACGGAUCACUGCUCUGGAAAUGAAAGAGCUGAAUGAGAGGCAGCGGGCAGAGCAUGCCCACACCAUGUAUGCACACAUGAAGAACUCCCUCAGGCAGGUGGAGGAGCGCAACACAGAACUUGAAUCCAAGUUUGCAGAGUUAACCAAGCUGAAUAUGAAGGCUCAGAGGGUGGAGCGAGAGCUGAGAGAUGAGCUGGCAGAAAGCGUAAGCAAAGCCGUCAGUGACGCCGACCGAGCCAGGAUUGCCGAGUUGGAAAAAGCAGCGGCUGAGCUUCGUAUCGAGGCGUCUAAGUUGCGGGAGGUGUCUGACGUGGCUAAGAUGCAGGUGUCUGCUCUUGAAGCCCGACAGCAGUCUAGAGAGAAAGAGGUAGAGGCUCUGAGGAGACAAGUCCGAGAUUACCAGUCACAGUCAGAUGAGAAGACCCUCAUUGCUAAGCUCCAUCAGCACAUCGUGGCACUGCAGCUCAGCGAAUCGGCUGCCCUGGCCAAGCUGGAGGCCACUGCCACUCAUAUCCAACACCUGGAAGCCUACAAACUCCGCGCCGAACAGCGACUGGAUGCUGGUGAGCGAGCUCUAUACCUCGCCCGCCUUGAGGGCAGCAGUCGUGCCAAGCAUCUGCGGCAGACCAUCCAGUCCCUUCGCAGGCAGUUUGCUGGAGCACUGCCACUACCCCAGCAGGAGAAGUUCUCUGUGACCAUGACGAGGCUGCAUGAAGACAGAGCAAAAGCCCAGGAAGAGAAAAGAAAGGCAGAGGAAGAGAGGAGAAAGGCAGAGGGAAAGGCAGAAGAAUUGGAAGUGAGGCUGCGAGGGCUGGAGGAGCUUAUUUCAACACUAAAGGAUGUGAAAGGGGCACAAAAGGUGACUGAGUGGCACAAGAAGAUGGAAGAGGCUCAUCUGCUGCAGCUGAGGAAGGGCAGGGAGCUGGGGGUCCAGAAAGAGGAGAUCAGGUACCUGAAGAGCCUAGUAGAAGAACAGGAACGCACCAUCCGCUCUCUGGAAGAAGAUAUUGUGCAGCAAAACACACUUCAAGACGCACGCCAGCUUGCUUGGGACCAGCGAGAGGUGGAGCUGGAGCGCCAACUAGACCUGCACGAGAAGCAGAAGAAUGAAAUUUUGGGCACUGCUGGAAAGCUUGAGGAGGCCACUGGUGGUCAACCAGACCCAAGUCUACCUGUUGCACAUCAGCUGGAGUUUGCCAUGGAGAAAAUCAAAGAGCAGGGCCGCACCAUCAUGGAGACAAAGGCCGCUUGUAAAAGUCUGGACGAGAGGUUAAAGGAGAAAGAAGCAGCUCUGUGGAAAGCAGAGCAGAACAUUGUGUCCAGGGAUAAAGUAAUCAAUGAGCUGCGCCUUCGCCUCCCGGCUGCCGCCAAUAGAGAACGUCUCCUAGCUGACAUAGCCAAGCACGAGGAGGGCCAGUCAGAGAGCCAGCCGGCCCUUAAGGUGGCUCACCAGACCAUCAACAACCUGCAGGGUCGACUCGACCAGAAGGAGGAGGUGCUGAAGAAAUACCAGAACCUACUGGCCAGAGCAAGACAGGAGCAAGAGGAGAUCACAAAGAGACAUGAGGACGAGGUGAGAACGUUGCAUCAGAAACUGGACCUGUACACUGACACCUCCCUGGACCGCUUCAAACAGGCCGCAAUGGAACUGAUGAAGAAGCCUUCCAUCAAGGUGCCAACCUCCAAGCAUCUGGAGCGUCUGGCCGAGUUGGAGCAGACUGUGGUGGAACAGGACAUCUCACUCUCCUCCGUCACAGAGAGGCUGAGGCAGGUCACUACCGAGCUGGAGAAAAAUAGAAACGCUGUGGAAACUGAGGCAAAGCGGCAUGCUGAUGAAAAGUUAAAGCUGGAGGAACACCAUGCUGCCCAGGUGAAGGCUGUGUCUGUGGAGACUGAGGAGCUGAGGAGCCAAACGGCCCAGAUGGAGAAGGAGAUGCACUACCUCCGAACCGAGCUGGAGGCCCAGAAGGAGGCUAACCUCCGCUCCCCCAGCAACACCAUGAAAAACCUCCUGGAACGACUAAAAGCACAGCUGGCCCAGAAGGAGAAACAGCUCAAGGCUCUCAGCAAGGCUCUGUUGGAGCUCCGGGCAGAGAUGACAUCUGUGGCUGAGCAACAAGUUAUUGCCAGCGCUGCACAAAAAGAGGACAGUCUCAAUGUCCAGAUGCUAGUUGACAAGCACACCAAAGACCUAAAGGCACAGGUGCAGGAGCUUCAUGAGGACCUUCAGACUUCCAAGGAGUCUGUCAGAGCAGCUAGAGACCGGGAGAAUGCCCUGAAAGAGGAGGUAGAAGGCCUGAACCAGGACUUUCAGCGGAGUCAAAAAGCACAGAGACGUCUGCAGAGUGAAAAGGAAGAGAGAGACCAGGAGAUCCAGAAGCUCAAUCAGCAAAUCAAGAGGCUUAGCAGUGCCCUGCAGAAUCAACCAGAACCAGAUGGAAAGGGGCCUACUGUUGAGACUCUGCAGAAGAAGAUCAAAAAGUUGCAGUCUGAGCUGGAGGAGAGAGCAGAAAGCAAAACUGCUAAGGAUGAUAAGUCCAAAGAAGAAAUAACACGCUGGGAGGAAGGUAAGAAAUGGCAGGCCAGGAUGGACAAAGUGAAGAAUGCAUUGAAAGAGAAGGAGAGAGAGGCAGAGUCCCUCUCCAAACAACUCACCACACUUAAAGACCUCUAUGCCAGAGUGGAGCAAGAGAAGAUUGCACUGCAGAAAAAGCUGAAGAUGGGAGUGCAGUCUGUCGAAACGGAGAAGGAAAUAGACGAGCUGAGGAGGAAGAACUCAGAUUUGGAGAUAGAGAUCCUCACCCUCAGGCAGCUGCAGACCUCACCUCAAGACGCUGCCAUUGGGGAUCUGCUUCUGAGAAACCGCUACCUGGAGGAGAGACUCCAGUCCUUAGAGAGACAGAUGUCCAAAGAGUCUUCUUCAAGACCAUCUGGGAAAGGGUCACCCUCCCCAUCUGUGAAAGGGAUUCGUUCCGUCACAUUCGAUGUUGAGGAUGGGUAUGGCAAAGCGAUCAUUGCAUACACUGAUGGUGUCAAAGACCCCUCUGACCGGCAGAGGGAGCCAAAGCGAAGCACUGAGCAGGAUCGAUCGUCCCCUCAUGUGACCAAAAAGACUUCAGGACGAGGCACGCCAUCACAGAAAGAUCAAGACUUUCGAAAAGAAAACCUCAAGCUGGCCUCUGAGAACCUGGAGCUCCGCCUUCAGCUGGAGCAAGCCAACAAGGACUUACCCCGGCUCAAGGACCAAGUCGCUGAUCUCAAGGAGAUGUGUAAUGCGCUGAAAAAGGAAAAAGCAGAGGUGGAGAAAAAGCUUGCUCAUAUACGUGGACCCGGUCGAAGUGGUAAAACAGUACCUGAACUUGAAAAGACCAUUGGGUUGAUGAAGAAGGUGGUGGAGAGGGUACAGAGGGAAAACGAACUGUUGAAGAAAUCCCAAGCGCCUGCCAAUCAGGACCAGUUUGAAGCCUUACAGCAAGAACAUGAAAUAUUAAAGGCUGACUAUGAGAAAGUGAAGAGUCAAACCGAGGCUGAGCUGAGUUCCAAACUUGAUUCUAAAACCAAAGGAAUGGAGAAGAUAGUGAUGGAAAAUGAACGUCUGCGGAGGGAGAUAAAAAGGGAAAUUGAGGCUGCAGAGAGGCUGAGGGUGACCAACACGAGCCUGGAGGUGACCAAUGCCAAGCUUGAGGCAGAGCUGGAGGAAACCAAGCAAAGGCUUCUAGCAGGCCCGUCCAGAGCUGUGCCAGAGGGAGCGGACAGCAAGAGCUCCAAGGCAUCUGUGGUAACAAGAAUGUUUGAGAACAAAAUGCAGGAGCUGGAGAAGGAGCUCUCCCAGAAGACCUCCAGUCUCUCUGAGCUCAAGCAGCAGCUGAAGGAGCUCAGCCGAAAGGAGGAACGAGCUCAGAAAACUGUCCGGCAACUUGAAGAUGAGGUGGAGAUUCUGAAAAGUUUUCCUGUUGAUAAACGGACAGACGCAGGCCUCGCCAAGGAGCUGCAGGCACUGAGGCUGGCAAACAGGAAGCUGGAAAAGGAGAAGUCAGACCUGAAGGAAAGGCUCAGCGAGUACGAUGAAGGAUACGGUGAGACGUCCUCUCAGCCAGGUCACGGGAAGCUUAAAGUGCUUCUGAGGGCGGCCGAAACGGAGAGGACAAAUCUGCAAUCUGAGGUUAAAAGGUUGAAGAAAGAACUUAGGAACUUUGACCCUGCAUUUUUUGAGGAGAUUGAAGAUUUGAAAUUUAAUUACGAUUUAGAGGUGAAGAAAAACAUUCUGCUGGAGGAACAGUACAGGAAGGUGUGUCGUCAGUUUGGUGUAGCGGCUCACAUUCCCAGUGUGUCCAUCACUUAGUUCUAGUUGUAGUUACAUCCAAAUAGAGUUUUUCUGUUCCUCUAAGAAUGGACAUUAUCUUAAAAGACAAUUAUCACCAGUUUAGAUGGCAGAACAUAGACAAUAUAAUCCUUUAUAAGUAGUCCCUUUUCUAUAUUUCAAAAAGGCUUUUAGUGUGGCAGCAACAUUGUUCAUAACUGUGUUACCUUCCUCAGGCAAUUUGAUAUUUGAAUCUUACAUUUUCCUUUAUUUUGAGGCCGACCGGUUCUUACAACAGCUUAAACAUUCAGAGGAAAUUUUGCGAAAAAUGUCAGCAGAAUAAGUCUUCAGUGAAUGUAAUUACUUUUCUAUAGGGCAGCUUUUUUUUUUUAAUACUGACUUUUUGUUGUGGAGAAGACUCGCAUUGCAGCAUUAAUUUAUAAGAUUUCUGUAAAUUUGUACACCUGUUGCAUGUGCUUCCAUGUACCUGCCAAUAAAGCAGAUUUCAAAUUGA